AUGAGGGCUCUGUCAUCACACUUUCACGGGAAGCAUAACCGCUCCUUGUUUAAUGACAAUGGCGAUGGCACAUUCUCCAAGGUUGGCGAUUACGUGAACGAAGAUGGUAUUAGUUCUCCAGGUAUCAUCGUGUCUCUCAACCCCCUGUCGCCGGGAGCGCCACCGCCUGCGCGGCCCAAAACCACGCCAGUACCUUUGCCUGUUCAGGCCACUUCCUUUGUUUCGCCGCCGCCGAUAGUGCAGGCAGAACCAUCGCCUCCUUCAAUACCACCUCCUCCUAUACAGUCCUUGGAGCCGCCGCCCAUGACCGAUGUUCUUCGGUACUUGCAUAGGAGCCUCUCACCCAGCCAGCAAGUCCCUGCUCGGCUGGACGUAUUGGCAUUAUCCAAAUACAGGCAAGUUCGUAAUUUACCGGGUUUAUGGUGGGAGCAUCAUCAUAAUAAGACACUUGAUCCCCUCCAAUAUGCCUGUACUCUUGCAUAUCUUGUGGGUAAGGCGGAGGAGAUGAAUCCCUGUGACAGAUGGAAAGGAUUGUCACGACUGAGCACUCCCUGUGUGGGUUUGCCCCCGGACCUACCAGCCGAGGCGAAGGCUGUGUUCAGUAAGUCGGUAACGUGCAUUGCGUGUCAGUAUCAAUUUUGCUGUUACCGAACUAAGAACGAAUGCGAAUGGGCCAGCCAGGAUCGGGAUCUUGAAGGGAAGACGGAGGUGGCGGUGCCCCAGCAAAACCAUCGAACAUCAGUGGAACAGAGUGAUAAGGCAGUGGUAUUAGAUGACGAGGAGAUGAGCGACGGCGCAGGUACCAAGGCCGAUGAUCAUGCUACCCUGCCACAGGUGAUGAGACAAAGCAGCAGGUUGUCUUCGUCGAUUAAACCUCCUGAGCAAUACCCCACUCAAGAUUCGGAGAAGAAGAGUUCCCCACUAGGAACAACUAUCCCGCCAAUCUCAAUAGCUGUUCACAAGCCAUCACCUGCUGAGGUGACUGAUAUGGAAGAGAUGGAAGACUGGGAGAUAGCCCCCGGUACUAUGAAGGAUGAGACAACGAAUACCAAUGUUGGCUUUUCUAAUGCCUACAUGUCUAAUCAACAUCCUAUCACGAUAGCGCCAGGUCUUAGCUUCAAUGUUCUCAUUUUGAAACCGGGGCACACGCAUCACUGGCCCAUUGAAGCAACCAAGGUGCGCACAUGCUCGGUAGCCUCAGGCAAGAUUAGCGUCAAGAUGGGAAACGACCAGGCCUUCAAACUCGGCCCGAACGGUCUAGUCGUCAUACGGCCUGGCCAGAGUUGUAUGCGGAGGACAGCUAUGGCUCUAGGCGGUGGCCGCCCGACAAUACAGCGGGCCACCCCCAGUCUCGCCUUGGAAGUGCCCUUUCCCUCUCCUACUCGGACCAGAUCUGGCAGAACGAGGCCGCCAAGCACCUUUACCGACACCGACGAGACUGAUUUGAAGCCUGGAGAUGGAGGGCAAUUUGUCGAGAAGCAGCGGGAUGGACAGGACGGGCUGCGGUUCACGUUUGACCCGGAGGGCCGACUAACACACGAUGAGACGAGUGUCGACAUCGUCACGGUUCCGUGUCCAGCCGCUCAUCCACUGCGCAGCUGGAACCGGGAUGGCCUCAUGGGGCGGUAUUUUGGCGCGCCGUCGAUGCGAGAUGCUGAGGUUCGUGAGGCGGAGCGUCAGAACCAGAACCCGUCGUGGGUGAGGCAGGGCAUCCGAAGAGAGGCCAACAGGGCGCGGAUCCUGCUGUAUGAGCAUCCAGAGGUUAGCGAAGGGACGACGCUCAACUCGCUGGCGGUUGCGCUGCUGGAUGAGUUAAGGGCGUUGAGGACCCGGGAGAGGCAGCAGGAGAGGCCGCUGUUGUUUAUUGGCCACAGUAUUGGAGGGUUGGUGGUCAAGAUGGCGUUGGUGAAAGCCAGUAGGGAUUCGAGAUAUGAGAGCAUCUUGCGCGAGUGUUAUGGGGUUGCCUUUUUCGGAACACCGCACCAGGGGUCCAGCUACUUUGCCAUGCCUACCCUGGCGGCGAGCAUCCAAAACCUGCUUCAGCUAUCUGUCCCCCUACCAGUGUCGUUGACAGAUGAUCUUCGUAUGGGAAACCAUCUUCUCCUACAUGUGGACGAAGACUUCAAGGUCGUUUCGGACGACAUCCGUGUGUGGACGUUCUACGAGACGAUCGACUCCCGUCUGUCUGCCAACUCGGGAAACAUCUAUUUUACUGCGCCUCUUACGUCCAUCAAGUCUGCUAUUCUCGGGAUGCGGCAGGAACGCAUCUUUCCUCUGCAGAGCGACCAUGCCAACAUUGCCUCGUUUGGGAGACACAACAUGCACACUUUACGACUUUUCCUACGACAGCUGGCGGCAAACAUUGAACAGGCGGAUUCCAACGCUAGAGAGGACGCAAGAGGAGGCAAAUGGAUGCUCAAUUUGGAACAAAAAGUAACGGUAGAGGUCCAUGGAUUCUUCGAUGAGGCGGGCAUGGAGGAUGGCACUGUGAGAGCUUGGUCUACAAGGUUGCCGCUGAGAGAUUUUAUGAGUAAAGGUCCGGAAGUAUGUCUCAGCGAGAGAUUGAAUGAGGUAGAAAUUCCACCCGAAGAGGGAAGAUUUCUGGCCAUGAGGGGGAGGACGGGUCUGGUCGACAUGGAGGGACCGCCGGAGCCUGUGACGUUUCCACCCGACCCGAUGACUGUGAAGAAUGCUCUUGGAAUCAACCAGACCGAACAUGAACAUGAGCAUGAGCUUGAGCAUGAACACCCUCCGCCGCUUCACCGGACUUCGGCGCCGCCUGCCGUGUUGUCAAUCCCGCCAUCACCUCUUAUUCUCCCGGUUGACUCCCCUAGAACAAGGCCGAGGAUGAGCACAGAAUCCGCACCGACGGCAUUGGUUUCUCAGUCUGGUGUUGGGCCCUUGACGCCUCCUUCUCGACCUAAUUCGCUUCCUCCUCGACACUCAACGCCUUUCCGCAAGCCGUCCCCUCUCAUGCGUGCCAGCUUGGACCAGGAGCUCGCCAUUGAUCGUCUAUCACCGCCUUUGAGAGGUAGAGUAGGGAGAAACUCAUUCAGCCGCUCGAUGAGCCUUGACAGCGACAUGGGCGGUGCGUCUCCUCCUCGAUAUCGCGAUUUUCCAUCUUUCUCCCAGAGGAGCCGCAGCACAUUCGAUAGAGUUCUCAUGGGGGAGGAAAACGAUAGUGAAGAUGAUGGGCUUGAUGCGUCUCCGAAGCUGCCUGAGAGUGUUCUUGAAAUCCGAAAGAUGGCAAAGGAUAAGGGGCAUAGAGCAAGCGAAAACGCCAUUGUGGACGUAGACGAUGCUCCUCAAACUCCUUUUAUGAAGCCAAUGGUCAAGGCUCGCAAGUUUGUUUGGAUUCAUUUACCGUUUAAUAACCCUACAUGGGUGACUGUAAUGUCUCCACGUGGUCAUUCGGUACCGAGUCGCUCUCUUUCUCCGCCUGGCGAAGAUGAUCAGAUGUAUGUCUGUCUGUUUCUUCCGUACCUUCACUUUGACUCGUACAAGAGACUCAUCCGCCGGCGUGAACUGAUUGCUAAGCGCCUGGCUCACGGGAGGGCCCGACCCAUUCCCGAAUCUGUAGCCAAGUCGGAUUCCUUGGAGUUGCAGGUCAUAUGGGAGUUUCUGGGACAUGAUCCGCCAAUCAAUUGCCGGCGAACGCUGGACCAGUUUGGAUAUCCAUCGAUAAGGGAUACCCGAUCGCGAGACGAUGACCAAAUGCUGUACAAGCUGACUAAAGAAAGGUACUACGAUGUGGCAGAGUAUCGGGGACUGUAUAGCGAGACUUCUGGCAGCAAUCUGGGAUCCGGAGAAAGCAGCAAUAAAAGCGGAAGCGGGAGCGGAAGUGGUGGUAGUGGUAGCGGGAGCGGAAGUCGCACAGCCAGUUGGCGGGAGAAGCUAAACAAACAGGCUGAGGAGAAUGGCGAAGAGGAGACUGAAAAGGACGUGCUGAAUGGAAAUGUGCUGAUGAUAGAUCAGCUAUGGGUCUGGACUAUCUCUACUCAUACCUUGCUCUCAUUCUUCCCCAAACGAGAGAGUGAUCCCAUCGAGGGACCGCUGUAUCAGCAAGCAGACCUUCGAGACAGCAUCUUCAACGAUGUCAAUGUAGAUCUGACUCGCCUAUGCGACAACUCCCUAGAUCUCGCAGCUUUGGCAGCUCUGCAUGCGGUGAGCGUGCUUCUAGAUCGAGCUUCUCAUCCUGAUUUGGAAGUUUUUCGAAUAUUCGAAGAAGCUAUAAGCGUCUUGACCGAGAAGCUUACAACAUCACUAAAAGAGUUCCGCUCAGAGGGAUUCCGUGACAAGGCCUUUGAUUACGAGCCGGUUGAAAAUAAAGCUCGCUCAAUCCGGGAGCGUCAUAAAGAGGAGGGACGACGGGCCGAACAAGAGAAUAGAGACAACACGUCAGCACUGCUGGAGCUUCGGGAUAUUGAAGACGAACUUGCGACGCUGCUAGGCCUUUUCGAGAGACAGUCGAAAGUAAUCUCAUCGAUGCACACCAUUUACAACCGUCCCGAGAUGCGAGCGCACACGGUCCACGGAAGAGGAUUCCUUGCUGAGGCGCUGAAGCGGCUGGCAGAAUAUAUCCAUAUCACGGAGGAAAUGGUACGCCGGGUGAAGAACACGCGAGAUGAGUACGACAAGCUGCUUCAGAUGGUACAACGCCAGGCACAAGUCGACGAAGUCCGCUUAAGCAGGCUUCAUGCGGAUCUGGCCAGCGCGCAAAGCCGAAGCGUCCUGAUCUUUACUACUUUCACAGUCAUAUUCCUGCCGUUGCAGUUCUUUACAGGCAUCUUUGGCAUGAAUACGCGCGAGUGGGGAGGAGGAGACAAUCUGCCUCUGCGGACGAUUGGUAUUAUUGGUAUUCCGGCGAGUGUUGCCCUGAUCGUCGGGACGCUCAUCGUUGCGUGGAGCACUACUGCGCGACGCUUCUUCAAGUGGAUCGGCAGACAGUAUGGUUGGAUGAUGCGCUGGUUGUACGUGGUGCUUGGAAGGCCCGUGGCUAGGAAGAUGAUGAAAUACAUGGCGAGAAGAGGGAAACGGCGGCAGGGGCAAGGGGAGGAUCGGGAUGGAAAGGGUGGGCUGAGUACAGAGGCGAGCGAUUUCUGGGAGAGGCAUAGGCUGGAGAGGGAAAAGGGGUAUCAGAUUCCCGAGGUGAACAAGGCACCGCCGAUGAGCAAGGGGCGGUGA